AUCCGGACAGAGAAAACACCAGCAGCGCUGACCCGGGCAGUCUACCUGAGGAGAUGCAGCCAUUCCUGCUCCUGCUGGCCUUUCUUAUGCCUUCUAGGGCUGGGACGGAGGAGAUCAUCGGGGGCAACAAGGCCAAGCCCCACUCCCGCCCCUACAUGGCAUUUCUUCAGUUUCUGGCUAAGGAGAAUAGGAAGAGGUGUGGCGGCGUCCUCGUGCGGAACGACUUUGUGCUGACAGCUGCGCACUGCUGGGGAAGCUCCAUGAAUGUCACCCUGGGAGCCCACAACAUCAAGGAGCAGGAGAAGACCCAGCAGGUCAUCCAUGUGAGAAGAUCCAUUCCCCACGAAGCCUAUAAUCCUAACACCUUUGCCAAUGACAUCAUGCUGCUGCAGCUGGAGAGAAAGGCCAGGCGGACUACAGCUGUGCAGCCCCUCAAGCUGCCCAGCAGCACAGGUGGGGCAAUGCCAGAGAUGGUGUGCAGCAUGGCUGGCUGGGGCCGGACUGCUCCAGGGGGCAAACUCUCAGACACCCUGCAGGAGGUGAUGCUGACAGUGCAAAAGGACCAGGAAUGUAAAUCCCGCUUCCCCAACAACUACAACAGGAUCACCCAGAUUUGUGUGGGGGACCCAAAGAAGAAGAAGGCCGCAUUCAAGGGGGAUUCCGGCGGCCCCCUCGUGUGUAAGGACAGGGUUCAGGGCAUUUUCUCCUGUGGUCCAGCUAAUGGGACACCCCCAGGAGUCUUCAUCAAGGUCUCACACUUCCUGCCCUGGAUAAAGAAAACAAUGAAGCGCCUCCAACAGCAAGACUAAGACUGCCCUUCCUCUGAGGCUGAACGUCUUUUCAGGAGCAGAGGCAGGCAGUGGGGGUUGCAGGAUUACAAUAAAAUAGAUAAGUCUAGA